AUGAAGGUGACUAUAGAAAGUUUUGUUUGCUUUGUUUCUUUAUAUGUAAGCUUGGUAUCUUCAGCAGCAAUUGAAUUACCUACAUUUACUAUUCCAUCCUAUACCAUUCCGUCCUAUACUAUCCCAUCCUAUACUAUCCCAUCCUAUACUAUCCCAUCCUAUACUAUCCCAUCCUAUACUAUCCCAUCCUAUACUAUCCCAUCCUAUACUAUCCCAUCCUAUACUAUCCCAUCAUACAGUAUCCCAUCAUACAGUAUUCCAUCAUACAGUAUUCCUUCCUACACAAUUCCAUCAUUUACAACUUUGACGUUCAGCUAUGAAACCUCAAUACCUAUCCCUUCUAUACCAUUUACAGUAUCCAGUUUUAACACUACACAAGAUAAUAAACCAUUAAUUCAUGCUACUCCACCAGAGGGUUGGAUGAACGAUCCAAAUGGUCUGUGGUAUGAUUCGAAGGACGAACUUUAUCAUAUGUAUUACCAAUACAAUCCAAAUGAUACAGUGUGGGCUUUGCCAAUUGUCUGGGGUCACAAGACUUCAAAGAAUUUAACAAUCUGGGAUGACGCUGGUAUUGCCAUGGCUCCAACCGACACCAUUACUGGUUUCUACUCUGGUUCUGUUGUUGUUGAUUAUAACAAUACUUCUGGAUUCUUCAAUUCCUCUACUGAUCCAAGACAAAGAGCUGUUGCUAUAUACACGUACAACACUCCAGAAGCUGAAGUUCAAUGUGUUGCUUACUCUUUAGAUGGUGGUUACUCUUUCAUUCAAUAUGAAUCUAAUCCGGUUUUAUCUAAUAACUCUACCCAAUUCAGAGAUCCAAAGGUUAUCUGGCAUGAAGAAUCUCAAAAAUGGAUUAUGACUGUUGCUAAGACUCAAGAAUACAAGGUUGCAAUUUACUCUUCAUCUGACUUGAAGGACUGGACUUUAGAAUCUGAAGUUGAAAAGGUCGGUGUUUUGGGUUACCAAUAUGAAUGCCCAGGCUUGGCUAAGAUUUCUCUACCAGAUGUAGUAUUGGAAUCUGGUUCAAACAACAAAACUAUUCCAAAUUCAUCCUCUUCUAAAGACGCAUGGGUGCUAUUUAUUUCUAUCAAUCCUGGUGCUCCUCAAGGGGGAUCCUAUGUAGAGUAUUUUAUUGGUGACUUCAAUGGUACAGUAUUUACCCCAUUCAGUAGGGAAACACAAGCUUUAGAUGAUGGUAAAGAUUAUUAUGCAUUCCAAACAUUCUUCAAUUCUCCUGACAAUUCUACUUUGGGUGUUGCUUGGGCAUCAAAUUGGCAAUACGGUCAAUAUGUUCCAACCUAUCCUUGGAGAUCAUCAAUGUCGUUGGUGAGAAAUUUAACAUUAGAAUAUUUCCAAGCUAACCCAGAAUCCAAAAUUCUAAAACUUAAAUCCCAACCAGUUAUUGAUUAUGAUUGUUUCACUUCUAAUUCAGACGUCAUUAAAUUUUCAAACUUGUCAUCUUUAUCUACUUUGGAUUCUAUUUAUUCAUUCUCAAAUUCCAGUGAAGGCAUACUCGAAUUUAAUCUAACUUGGUCAGUUAACAGCUCGAGUUAUGAUAAUCAUGAUUUUGCUGAUUUAUCAUUAAAAUUAAGAGGUGGUUUAAAUCCAUUUGAGUAUUUAAGAUUAGGAUAUUUGGCUAAUGUAAACAGUUUCUUUAUUGAUCGAGGCCAUUCUACUAACAAUUGGGUCAAUGAAAACCCAUUCUAUACCAAUAAGCUUUCAGUUAAUUUACAACCGUUUGAUUAUGUUAAUGACGAAAUCAGUACAUAUAAAGUAUAUGGUAUAAUCGAUAGAAACAUUAUGGAGUUAUACUUUAAUGAUGGUUUUCAAGUUUCGACAAAUACCUUCUUUUUUGGAGAUUACAACUAUAUUUCAUCUGUAGAAUUGAGCGUUGGAAAAGAUGGAGUAUUUGAUAUUCAAGAGUUCAGUGUAAGACAACUACAUUUGAAAUAA